AUGGCAUCAUUCAACCCGUUCGCUAGACGCGAAACUCACAGCGCCAGUUCGCUGAAUACAUACCGAGUCUUUGUACCUCUCACCUGGGCUUUGGUCGUAGUGAUCGGCAUCUAUCAUUCCGUUCACUCGCCCGACGAUACCAAGAAGGGCAAGAAGCUCUGGAAGCAGGCCAAUAAGCAUAAUACUCCAUUCAGCGAGAACACUACUUUGACUGGGGUUUUCUGGAUAUUCCUCCUCCUCUCUCAGCUCAGCUACGUCUGGCACCUCUUUUCCAAGAACAAUGUCCUCGUCGUGGCAGCUGCCAAUGUCGCCACCCAUUUCAUCCUGAACAACGUCUUCCUCGCCGCUUGGAUUCUGCUCUGGACCCGCAACCAAUUUUGGGGCGCAGAGAUCAUCCUCAUCGCCCACUUCAUCAACCAGACAGUCACCUACUGGCGCCACAGUGGCCUGCCGGUGUUCGUCCACCUACCCGCUGUUGCCGGUCCCUAUGCCUGGACAUUGAUGGCGUUGUUCUGGAACGGCGCAGUCGCUGUUCACAGCCAUAACCUGCCUGGCCGUAUUGUUGCUAACAUCUUUAUCUGGGUUAUUCUCGCAAUCGGACUGUUCAGUAUCGUCCCUCGCGAGGAUUAUAUCCUUGGGUAUUGUUUAAGUUGGUUGACUCUGUCACUCGCUGUCAGACAAGUCGCUAUAAAGAUCAUUGCCCUGCAGUGGAUCUUUGCCUUUACCGUAUUUGCCGUGUUCUUGUCUGUCUCUCUGUACCUUUCCACGACUAAGUACACCGGCCGCGACAGCCUCUUCCGUCGUGUUGCCCACCCCGAUUCAGUGGACCGGGAGAGAGAGCCACUGCUCAACGAGGGGGUGUGA